AAUUCUCUUUUCCUUCCCCUUCCCCUAUCCUUCGGUCCCCUUGCCAUUUUAAUUAGGUACAUUUUUAGAAACCACAGGCGCGUGAUAAAGUACUCCCCCAGGGUACAGAGGCAGUACUAAAAGUGUAAAAUCAUUUUACAUCCCAGCAUUUUUCCUUUUUCCUAGAAGCCGACCAUUUCAGAGGCUCCCUCGCCCCUUCCAGGGCCCGAGGGCCCUGUUCGUAAGAAUUCACAGCUUUGGGACAGUCUGUUUCCCAGCUUUCCGAGGCGUGGGAGACAUCUGUGAAGGGUUAGCCCGCAUCUUUGGGAGGGUUGCCGGGUUCCCCGCUUGGGUCCUCGGUCUCCAGGGGCCCCCGGGCUCUGUGACGCGCGUUCCCGGCCGGCGCCCCGAGGAGCCUGAGGCGGGAGCUGCCGACGGCUCCGGAAGCCACCUGGGCGGCGGCAUGAGCUUCUCCCUGCGCCCCGUGGUGAUCGACAACGGCUCGGAAGUGAUCAAGGCGGGCCUGGCCGGGAACUGCGGGCCCCACUUCGUCUACGCGAACAUAGUCGGCCGCCCCAAGGGUCACAGCUUGGCGGUCGAGGGCGCGCGGAAGCUGUGGGUGGGCGACGAAGCGGAGGAGAGGAGAAGCUUGCUGUCGGUCAGCUAUCCUGUGGAGCGUGGUCUCAUCACUUCCUGGGGGGACAUGGAGACAGUGUGGAAGCAUAUCUAUGACUGUAAUCUGAAACUAAAGCCCUGUGAUGGCCCAGUCUUGAUUACUGAGCCAGCACUGAAUCCAUUGGUCAACCGGCAACAAAUCAUUGAAGUUUUUUUUGAGCAUCUGGGUGUCCCUGCUUUCUAUAUGUCCACCCAAGCUUUGCUGGCUCUCUUUGCUGCUGGCUUCACUACUGGCUUGGUGCUGAAUUCGGGUGCCGGGCUUACCCAGUGUGUGCCAGUCUUUGAGGGUUACUGUCUGCCUUAUGGCGUACAACAGCUACAUCUGGCAGGCCUUGACCUCACCAACUACCUCAAGAUGCUGCUGAUGGACCACGGAGUCACGCUGCUUAGUGGUGCAGACAGAAAGACUGUCGCAGACAUUAAGGAGAACUUUUGUUAUGUGGCAGUGAACUAUGAAGAGGAAAUGGCCAAGAAAUCCCAUUCCCUAGAGAAAGUUUACGAACUACCUGAUGGAAUAACCAUCAAGCUCCACGAUCAGCUCUUUCGUUGUCCAGAGGCCCUCUUCUCUCCAUGUCUCAUGAACAUUGAUGCCCCUGGCAUCGAUAAGAUGUGCUUCAGCAGUGUAAUGAAAUGCGACACAGAUCUGAGGAAUUCCUUCUUCUCCAAUAUUGUCCUUGCUGGGGGAUCAGCCUCCUUCCCUGGCUUAGACCAGCGGCUAUUUAAAGAUAUAGCAAAGAUGGUGCCUGCUAACACACCUGUACAGGUUGCAGCUCCCUCAGAAAGGAAAUUGUCAGUGUGGAUGGGGGGUUCUAUUCUUGCCUCCCUGUCUGCCUUCCAAGACAUGUGGAUCACUGCUGCAGAAUUCAAAGAAGUUGGACCCAACAUAGUACACCAAAGAUGCUUCUGAAAUACAGAUAAAGUGGUUAGAAGAAAACACUUUGAGGUAUAUCCAACAAGGUUUUGGAUAUUAUGUUCCUGGCAGAACACAAAAAUAUUUCAACUAC